GCGGGCAGCACAACGGCAUGCGACCAGACGCUGACGCCUAUCACAACAGACCCUGAUUGAUAGCUCCGUGGUCUUAUCAUUCAUGUAAGAGGGGUGACGCUGUGCUUAUCAUAAUUCGCCUACAGUGCCGACUAUAAAUCCGUCAGCCUGCCCCUGCUGUUAUGACCACCAGUUCGUUCAGAGAAUCGGAGCUGGAAAAGGACUUCUGAAAGCUAUACUAAAAUCCUUCAGUCUCAUUUUCCUUACCAAGGCUUCCUUUGUUAAUAUAUAUACCUAUAUUCUGAACUGGUAAUCCAUAAGACGAACAGGGCUUGUGGUUAUGUCCAGCCUCAAAAAUGAGAUUGUCUUCUUAAUUUUACAGUUUUGUGAAGAGGAAGGUUUUAAGGAAACCGCACAUAUGCUCGAGCGUGAAAGUGGGUGCUACUUUGACGUGAAACAUUUUGAGGACAUGGUGCUUGCUGGGAAAUUUGACGACGCUGAGACUUAUCUAUCCUGUUUCACAACUGUUGAUGACAAUAGGUACUCCACCAAAAUAUAUUUUGAAUUGAGGAAACAGAAAUUCCUCGAGGCAUUGGACAGAAAUGAUCGUUCCAAGGCUCUAGAUAUCCUGAUAAAGGAUCUCAAAGUUUUUUCCCCAGGACACGAAGAACUUCUCGAAGAAAUGACUCUGCUGUUGACGAUAAAUAAUAUAAGGGAGCAUGAAUCACUUUCAAACUACCAAGACACAAAUUCUGUGAGGAAGAUUGUUGUAGAGGAUCUUAAAACAAUCAUUGAAGAAAAUCCACUGUUUAAUGGAAAGCUCAAGUUUCCUGCCAUAAAAUCUCAGAGCUUAAAUUGGCAGCAUAUGCUUUGCAAACGUCUUAUUCCUGAGCCUGUCAUGCAAACCCUCUUUGUGGACCAUAUUUUUAAGCUGUGCUCAAAUCCUGUUAACAGUGAUGACUGCGGCCCAUCUACUGUAACAGAUUCCUUACUCUUCCCUGCUGCUAAAGAAAGCUCAGAAACGUCUGUGAAGGUUCUUGGGGAUCCAAAUCGAAUAUUCAAGGGAAAAUCCUGCCAAGCUUUGGAUGAGGUAACAUCAUCGGCCACAGAAAGUUGCCUGCCCCAGAAGGUUGUUCUGACACUGAAUGAUAAUUCGCCUCCUACUAGCAUGGAUUUUCAUCCUACUUGGCAUGCUAUUCUUCUAGUUGGAACUGAAGUUGGCAAUAUAGGAAUUUGGGAUGUUACCUCUGGUGAGAAGUUGCUUUUCGUAAAUUUUGAGGUUUGGGACAUUGGAGCAUGUUCAACCAAUUUCAAAGAAGCCAUAGAAAAAGAUUUGUGGAUCUCUGUUACCAAAGUCAUUUGGAGCUUUGAUGGUUCAUUUUUUGGGGUUGCAUUUUCAAAACAUCUAGUUCAGUUAUAUUCCUAUAAUGGUGGGGGAGACAUUUGCCAGCAUUCAGAAAUUGAAGCUCAUGAUGGCAGUGUCAAUGAUAUAGCCUUUUCUUUUGUUCGUGAGCAAUUAUUGGUCAUAACAUGUGGUGAUGACAAGGCAGUAAAGGUGUGGGAUGUGGAUACCAGUGAGAAAUGUUAUACUUUUGGUGCCCAUAGUGCUCCAGUUUGUUCCAUCUGUCCUCAUGUGAAGGAAAAUGUUCAUUUUAUAUUUUCAACUUCAAUUGAUGGUAAGAUUAAGGCAUGGUUAUAUGAUACUAUGGGCCCGAGAGUUGAUUAUGAUGCCCCUGGUUGUGGAUACACUAAAUUGGCUUACAGUACUAAUGACCAAAGGCUAUUUUCAUGUGGUGUUGGUAAGGAUGGAGAGCCAUUUCUUGUGGAAUGGGAUGAAAGUGAAGGGUACAUAAAAAGAGUCUACAAGGGACUUAAGGCUCCAUGCUUUUCCAAAAUCCAGUUUGACACGACAAGGAACCAAUUUUUGGUUGCUGCUGAUGAUCGUAUGAUUAAAUAUUGGGAUAUGGACAAUGUACAGCUAUUGGCAAGCAUUGAUGCCAAUGGAGGCUUGUUAGAAUAUCCUUGCAUUCGCUUCAACAAAGAGGGCAGAUUGCUGGCUGUUGCUGCAAGAGAAAAUAAAAUCAAAAUCUUAGAGUUUGAUUAUGACGUUUUACUGAUGCAAAACGAAGCUUGUUCUAUUCAUCCCCCUACUGUUCUCUCUGGAACCACAGCAGGGAAUGAGAACACGGAAGUCUUGGAAGGCAUGGACACUAAUUUAGCCGAAGAAGAUGAUAGCUCAUCAAAGUUUUGGAAUAUCUUCAAAAUUUCCGAACCAUCUCAGUGCCAGUUCUUGCAGCUCCCUGUUCACCCGAGAGUCAAUAAGAUUGUCAGACUGAUUUACACCAACGCGGGAAAUGCCAUCCUAGCAUUGGCAUCAGAUGGUAUAAAUAUACUUUGGAAAUGGCCAGAGAAUGAGCAAGAAACGUCCAAGGUUUCCCCUCAAUUAUGGCAACCAAGGAAUGGCUUGCAGUGUAUGAGCAAUAAUCUUGCAAACAUCAAACCCGAAGAAUCAAUAGGCUGUUUUGCUAUAUCAAAAAAUGAUUCAUAUCUCAUUUCAACAUCUGGCGGUGUAAUCUCCUUGUUCAACAUGUUGUCAUUCAAGACUAUGACAACUUUCAUGUCUCCACCACCUAUGGCAACAUCUAUUUCCUUCUGCCCUCGAGAUAAUAAUGUACUUGCUGUAGGCUUUGAUGAUUCUAGCAUCUUUAUAUAUAAUGUCCGUACAAGCAAGAUUAUAAGAAAGCUGAAGGGUCACACCACAAGAGUUACUUCCCUUGCCUUCUCAAACACUUUAAAUGUUCUUGUUUCUGCUGAGGUUAAUAGUCAGAUUUUCUUAUGGAAUAUUGAGGGGUGGGAAAAACUGAAAGGAAGGUACUUGCAGAUACCUGCUCAGAGGAAGCCAGAAGUUCCAUCUGAUACUCAUAUUCAGUUUCACCCAGAACAGAUAAACUUCCUCGCUGUACAAAAUAGUCAUCUUGCAAUUUAUGAAGCACAGGAAUUAACUUGUGUCAUACAGUGGGUUCCAGUACUUCCUGUGGUUAUUUCCCAGGCAGUUUUCUCAUCUGAUGGCAUGGACAUAUAUGCCGGUUUUGCGGAUGGGACUAUCAUAAUAUUUGAUGCUUUAAAUCUUCAACCUCUUUGCAGGAUAAACCCCACUUCUUACCUUUCCCCCGCUUCAAGUGAGAGCAUCUGCCUACUUGCUGUAGCUGCAAAUCCAGUGAAGGCAGGCCAGUUUACUGUGGGGCUCUCAGAUGGUAAUGUCUAUGUGAUGGAGCCUCCUGAGCCAGGACUUAAAUGGUCCACACUUUCACGCGAUGACAAGCAGGCAGCAGAAGCCAGUGGCAUGGGAGUCGCUUAGUCUGAUGCGAACUGAGGAGAUGAAGACUUGUGCAUGGUUAUCCAGGGGACAAGAAGUCCCCAAAGUAAUUGCAUUAGUUUAAGAGAAAUCUCCCUGGGGCUUUGUCAAGGCCCAAAGCCCUUAACCCCGAAAAAAUAUGGUCCUUAAGUGAUGUCCCUUGCUAAAUUUGUCGAUUUCAUUAUCCAUCCUUUAUAUCUGUUUCUAAUGUAUGUCCAUGCGCUUUAAUUCUCUCCCUCUCUUCCUUUGUCUUUAUAAUGCCUUUCAUGUCUUAAUUUUAAUUUGGAUCAUCAUUUUGUCUU